UGACUAAGCACUUCCUGCACUUCCCCCAGUCUUCCUCGAGCCUGAUUUCCUGCGCUCUUGUAGAGAACACUAAUUCAAGGCCACCGAGGCCCAUCCUGGAGCAGCUCUAACUUGGGUGUGCAGCCGCAGGAGCAUGGAGGAUCCCCGGGAGGGGAAGGCGCCUGCAGCGGCACUGGCCGCUGUGUUAAAGCAUAGUUCAGCGCUGCCAUCUGAGAGUGCCCAGGUUCGGGGCUACGACUUUAACCGCGGUGUGGACUAUCGCGCGCUGCUGGGUGCCUACGGCACCACUGGUUUCCAGGCCACAAACUUCGGACGUGCAGUGCAGCAAGUUAGCGCCAUGAUAGAGAAGAAGCUGGAGCCUCUGUCACAGGAUGAAGACCACCAUGCAGAUCUGACUCAAAGUCGCCGCCCACUCACUGGCUGCACCAUUUUCCUGGGCUACACCUCCAACCUCAUCAGUUCAGGCAUCCGUGAGACCAUACGUUACCUCGUGCAGCACAACAUGGUGGAUGUCUUGGUGACCACAGCUGGGGGUGUGGAGGAGGAUCUCAUCAAGUGCCUGGCGCCCACAUACCUAGGCGAGUUCAGCCUGAGGGGGAAGGAGCUUCGUGAGAAUGGGAUCAAUAGGAUUGGGAAUCUGCUGGUGCCCAAUGACAAUUAUUGCAAAUUUGAGGACUGGUUGAUGCCUAUUCUGGACCAGAUGGUGUUGGAGCAGAACACAGAGGGUGUGAAGUGGACACCUUCCAAGAUGAUUGCACGACUUGGCAAGGAGAUCAACAACCCAGAUUCAGUGUAUUACUGGGCCCAGAAGAACCACAUCCCCGUCUUGAGCCCAGCACUCACAGAUGGCUCCUUGGGAGACAUGAUCUUCUUUCAUUCCUACAAGAAUCCAGGCCUGGUCUUGGACAUCAUUGAGGACCUGAGGCUCAUCAACACACAGGCCAUUUUCGCCAAACGCACUGGCAUGAUCAUCUUGGGCGGGGGUGUGGUCAAGCACCAUAUUGCCAAUGCCAACCUCAUGCGGAACGGGGCGGACUAUGCAGUCUACAUUAACACAGCCCAGGAAUUUGAUGGCUCGGACUCGGGUGCCCGGCCAGAUGAAGCUGUCUCAUGGGGCAAGAUUCGGAUGGAUGCACAGCCUGUGAAGGUCUAUGCUGAUGCGUCCCUGGUCUUCCCCCUGCUUGUGGCUGAAACUUUUGCUCAGAAGGUAGAUGCAUUCAGGCCUGAAAAGAAAGAGGACUAAAGGGUUGCAGCCUAAGGGAAGCCUCACUUUGUUCUUGAUUUAUUCAUUUGUAGACCCAUCCCCUUCCCCAUACUUUGGUCUGCAGCAUGUCUAGAAUAAAUGGUUUCAGUUGUCCUUC